AGUGGUGUCCUACUCCCCACUCCGGCUGUCCCCCUGCAACAGAAUCGGACCCGGAGCAUCAUGCGGGCCCUGGGCAAGCAGCCCCGGCCCUGCUGUUGAGGUCGCCGUUCAGACCCCGCUGCCGCCAGUGCACCCUGCUCAGCUCAGGCCUGUCCGCCCGCCCGGGGGCGCCGCCUGCCGCAUCUCGCUUGGAGCGGAGCUGGCGCCAGGGCGGCCGGCGAUGCCGAGGGGCCGCAGCCGGGCGGGCCCGGGGCCGAGGCGCGCGCUGCCCCCCGCUCCCGCCGCCUGAGCCCCGCCGCGCCGCGCGCUCUCCCUGCAGCGCUGCCAUUACCGGAGGCCCCACUGCCGGCCAUGGAGGUGGCUCCCGAGCAGCCGCGCUGGAUGGCGCACCCCGCCGUGCUGAACGCGCAGCACCCUGACUCGCACCACCCGGGCCUGGCGCACAACUACAUGGAGCCGGCCCAGCUGCUGCCCCCCGACGAGGUGGACGUCUUCUUCAACCACCUGGACUCGCAGGGCAACCCUUACUAUGCCAACCCGGCCCACGCGCGAGCGCGCGUCUCCUACAGCCCCGCACACGCCCGCCUGACAGGUGGCCAGAUGUGCCGCCCUCACUUGUUGCACAGCCCCGGGCUGCCCUGGCUGGAUGGGGGCAAAGCCGCGCUGUCCGCAGCACACCACCACAACCCCUGGACCGUCAGCCCCUUCUCCAAGACUCCACUGCACCCCUCAGCCGCCGGGGGCCCCGCAGGCCCCCUCUCCGUGUACCCAGGGGCCGGGGGUGGCAGCGGGGGUGGCAGCGGGAGCUCGGUGGCCUCCCUCACCCCCACUGCUGCCCACUCGGGCUCCCACCUCUUCGGCUUCCCCCCCACACCACCCAAAGAAGUGUCCCCGGACCCCAGCGCCACCGGGGCAGCGUCCCCGGCCUCCUCUUCUGCCGGGGGUAGUGCAGCCCGCGGGGAGGACAAGGACGGCGUCAAGUACCAGGUGUCACUGACCGAGAGCAUGAAGAUGGAGAGCAGCAGCCCUCUGCGUCCGGGCCUGGCUGCCAUGGGCACCCAGCCCGCCACACAUCACCCUAUCCCCACCUACCCCUCCUACGUGCCCGCCGCAGCUCACGACUACAGCAGUGGACUCUUCCACCCGGGAGGCUUCCUGGGUGGCCCUGCCUCCAGCUUCACCCCCAAGCAGCGCAGCAAGGCACGCUCCUGUUCAGAAGGCCGGGAGUGUGUCAACUGUGGGGCCACAGCCACUCCUCUCUGGCGGCGAGACGGCACCGGCCACUAUCUGUGCAACGCCUGCGGACUCUACCACAAGAUGAACGGGCAGAACCGGCCACUCAUCAAGCCCAAGCGGAGACUGUCGGCCGCCAGGAGAGCGGGCACCUGUUGUGCAAAUUGUCAGACGACAACCACCACCUUAUGGCGCCGCAACGCCAACGGGGACCCAGUGUGCAACGCCUGUGGCCUCUACUACAAGCUGCACAAUGUGAACCGGCCGCUGACCAUGAAGAAGGAGGGGAUACAGACUCGGAACCGGAAGAUGUCCAACAAGUCCAAGAAGAGCAAGAAGGGUGCCGAGUGCUUUGAGGAGCUGACCAAGUGCAUGCAGGACAAGUCUUCACCCUUCAGCGCCGCCGCCCUGGCUGGACACAUGGCGCCUGUGGGUCACCUCCCGCCCUUCAGCCACUCGGGACACAUCUUGCCCACGCCGACGCCCAUUCACCCCUCCUCCAGCCUCACCUUUGGCCACCCCCACCCGUCCAGCAUGGUGACCGCCAUGGGCUAGGGGCAGGCCCUGGCCAGCAGACAGACAGACACGGCACCCCUGGAGGCUGGGUGCUGGAACCCAGGAUGGGUAGACGGAACCCUGAGCUGCCCACCCCUCCCUGGACUGAGGCCACCCCGACCGCCUGCGGGGGCCCCACGCUGCCCUGCGGGCCCCUACUGUGAAGACUCCCACCCCUCUCUGGGCCCGGUGCUGCCCAGGCAGGGUGGCCAUCAUGGACAAUUUGGGGGGCGGAGAGCAGAAAGGACAGCUUUAUCAGGACAAAGGAAGGGGGUAGGGGAAAAGCAAAGGAAAGAAUGUGGAGAAGGAAAAAGGAGUUGACAAAAAAAUACAUAAUAAUUUAUUUUGCUCCUGUGGCUAGGUAACAAGGACUGGGAGAUUUCAGGGGGGCAGCUGCCUACUGUCCACCCCCCCCCCA